UCCAGCCGUCCAGCCCCGCGGCUUCGUCGGCUUCAGGCCCCCUGGACUCGAGCCUUCGAGGCAGACGGUGCCCCUUGGGCUUGGCAGUCACCUCUUUCCCGCUCGCCGCUGUCGCAGCCGGCUCGCUCCCCGUCGCCAUCAUGAACAUCCGCAAUGCUCGGCCCGACGACCUGAUGAACAUGCAGCACUGCAACCUCCUUUGCCUUCCCGAGAACUACCAGAUGAAAUACUAUUUCUACCACGGCCUUUCCUGGCCCCAGCUCUCCUACAUCGCUGAGGACGAGGACGGGAAGAUCGUGGGCUACGUCCUGGCCAAAAUGGAGGAGGACCCAGACGAUGUCCCCCAUGGGCAUAUCACCUCGCUGGCCGUGAAGCGUUCCCACCGGCGCCUCGGCCUGGCCCAGAAGCUAAUGGACCAGGCCUCGCUGGCUAUGAUAGAGAACUUUAGCGCCCAGUACGUGUCCCUACACGUCCGGAAGAGUAACCGGGCAGCCCUGCACCUCUAUUCGAACACCCUCAACUUUCAGGUCAGUGAAGUGGAACCCAAAUACUAUGCAGAUGGCGAAGAUGCUUAUGCUAUGAAGCGGGAUCUCGCGCAGAUGGCAGAUGAGCUGAGAAGGCAGCUGGAGCAGAGGAAGGGCGGGUAUGUGGUGGGCUCCAGGGAGAACCAGGAGACUCAGGGCAGCACACAUCCUGGUUCCGAAGAGGCCUGCCAGGAGCAGAAGAUCUCGGCCGCCGACGAUAGUGGCAGUGACAGUAAGGAGCCCAGCGAGUCCCCGGAGAGCACCGAUGUCCAGGACAGCUCAGAAGACUCAGAUUCCGCCUCCUAG